GGGAUAGAAAAAAAUUGGAUUUAAACGGUGGUUUGAGAGGACUGUUUUUUUUUUCUUCUCCGGCAAAAUGAAAUUCGCGGAGCAUCUUUCGUCCCACAUCACUCCAGAGUGGAGGAAACAGUAUCUGCAGUAUGAGGCCUUCAAGGACAUGCUGUAUGCUGCCCAAGACCAAGCCCCGUCCACGGAAGUAACAGACGAAGACACGGUGAAGAGAUACUACGCCAAGUUUGAGGAGAGGUUUUUCCAGACCUGCGAGAAGGAGCUCCUGAAGAUCAACACAUUCUAUUCAGAAAAGCUGGCUGAGGCACAGCGACGCUCUGCCACUCUGCAGAAUGAGCUGCAGUCUUCACUGGACGCGCAGCGCGAGAGCAACAACCCGCCCGGCCUGCGGAGACGCAAGACCGUCUUCCACCGGUCGCAGGAGGAACGCUGUAAACACCACAACAUCAAGGACCUGAAGUUGGCCUUCAGCGAGUUCUACCUCAGCCUCAUCCUACUCCAGAACUACCAGAAUCUGAACUUCACUGGUUUCCGCAAAAUCCUGAAGAAACAUGACAAGAUCCUGGAUACUCCUCGCGGGGCGGACUGGCGUGUGGCUCAAGUGGAAGUGGCGCCGUUUUACACCUGCAAGAAGAUCACACAGCUCAUCUCCGAGACGGAGACCAUCGUCACCACUGAGCUGGAGGGAGGAGAUCGACAGAAGGCCAUGAAAAGGUUGAGAGUUCCUCCGCUGGGGGCGGCUCAGCCUGCUUUGGCUUGGACAACCUUUCGCGUGGGACUCUACUGCGGCUUCUUCGUCAUUCUCGCCAUCGCUUUUGUUCUCACCGGCACUGUGUUGUUCAGCUUGGAGAACGUGUGGCCGCUGGUGCGGAUCUAUCGGGGCGGUUUCCUGUUGAUCCAGUUCCUCUUCCUGUUGGGCAUCAACACGUAUGGAUGGAGGCAGGCCGGAGUCAACCAUGUCCUCAUCUUUGAGAUCAAUCCCAGAAACAACCUCUCGCACCAACACCUGUUUGAGAUUGCUGGUUUCCUGGGUGUGUUGUGGUGCCUCAGCAUCCUCUCCUGUUUCUACUCAGACUACACCUACCUCCCCAUGCAGGUCAAUCCGCUCAUCCUUUACGGCUUCAUGGUGCUCUUCCUCCUCAACCCCUUCAAGACCUGCUACUACAAAUCACGAUUCUGGCUCCUCAAGCUGCUGUUCCGCGUGUUCACAGCACCGUUUCACCGGGUGGAGUUCGCGGACUUCUGGCUGGCUGAUCAGCUGAACUCUCUGGUGGUUGUUCUGAUGGACCUGGAGUAUCUCAUCUGCUACUACGUCUUUGAGCUGCAGUGGAGCAACAGCAAGGGCCUGCUGUCCAAGUUUAAAGACUCCGAUGACCACGUGUGCCACAGCUACUCUUACGGUCUGCGUGCCAUCAUCCAGUGUCUGCCCGCCUGGUUCCGCUUCAUUCAAUGCCUGAGGCGUUACCGUGACACCAAGAGGGCCUUCCCUCACCUGGUGAAUGCUGGGAAAUAUUCUACCACCUUCUUUGUCGUCACCUUUGCGGCGCUCUAUGCCACGCACAGAGAGCAAGGACACACGGACGCCGACAUGUUCCUCUACCUGCUGAUCGUAUUCUCCACUAUCAGCUCCCUGUACACACUGAUCUGGGAUCUGCGCAUGGACUGGGGUCUCUUUGACCGGGGAGCCGGAGAAAACACCUUCCUCAGAGAAGAGAUUGUUUACCCACACAAGGCCUACUACUACUGUGCCAUCAUAGAAGACGUGAUCCUGCGUUUCGCCUGGACGAUCCAGAUCUCUCUGACCCAAACGACCAAAAUCCACUCAGUGGGCGACAUCAUUGCCACGGUGCUGGCUCCCCUCGAGGUCUUCAGGCGUUUCGUGUGGAACUUCUUCCGUCUGGAGAACGAGCACCUGAAUAACUGCGGUGAGUUCCGCGCUGUGAGGGACAUCUCCGUGGCGCCACUCAACGCCGAUGACCAGACACUGCUGGAGCAGAUGAUGGACCAGGACGAUGGCGUCCGGAACCGCUCGGGCAAGAAGACCUGGAAGAGGUCCUACAGCUUGUCUCUCCGGCGCCCCCUGCUGUCCUCCUCGCAAUCAAAAAAGGACACCAAGGUGUUAAUCGAAGACACGGAUGAUGAGGCCUUCAGCUGAGCUCACAACGUCGCACGCACACACACAAACACACACAUGCUAUACUUAUAAGGACCUGACCCUCGACCCUUCUCCUUUACAGUGAAACACCAGUAGUGACCCUCGGUCCGCCCCUUUAAAGCAGUGAGCACCUCACACGGUCCUCCCUUUGGACAAAAUGACCUCGUCUUUACAUCCCUGGGAGCACAUCUGGUCCUUAUAAGUAUAGACAAACACACUCACUACACAUUUUAAUGCUUGAAACACACAAAGAAACCCCCGCUGAGGAAGCACAAACAGAUUAAUAGCUACAGCUCAUGACAGACGGACAGACAGGCGGAGAGAUGGAGAUCUUCUGCACACAUGGAAGCAGAUCACACUGCCCUUAUUAUUAUUCUCCUCUUCUUUGAAAAUACUUUUACUUUGAGGAAUUUGUGUUGUUGUUGUUGUUUUUUUCUUUAAAUGUUCUGGAUUAAUUUCAGAGAAGCUGCAUCGCUGACUGUUUACAACACUUUUGAACUGCUCUAGGAUCAACAGGGAGAAGACAAGCCAAUCAAAAGACUGAAUAUCAAUCAAUAAAACCUGAGGAAAGACUCAAACAAAUCACAGCAUAUCAAAACAGAUCAACUGGUUUCAACUCGUUGAUUUUUUUUAUACCUCGCCUUUUUUUUGGUUGAGUUGUAAUAACUUGGGUGUGAAAUCCCAACUUUUUGAACAUUUGAUACACAAAACAAUGAGAAAACACAUCAAAAGGGACGUUUGGAUUCAAACAUUUCUAGUUUGUGAAGUUGCUCAGUAAUAUAUUUAAUAUGUUUUGAUGUGCACUAUUACUAUUGUUAUAGCUGUUAAGUACUACUACAUGUGUUGUUUAUACUAAUGCGACUAGUUAAGCAUCCAACUAAUGAUUGUUUAUGUAUUUUAUAAGGUUUGGAAUGUUUUUCUUGGUUAGUCUUGUGUGUUUUGAAUGUGUUUAUACGCAUUCACACCUCAACUUAUCCCAACCUAAAACUAAUGCUACACUUGUGAAUCCUCGUGUCAUCUUAAAGUGGCCUAUUAGAUACAAUACAUGUGUGUGUCCACUAUGGUUUGCAUUAACAACCAAAGUUUGAUUUUUAUGAAUGUAUCCAUUUAACUUGCACAAAGCUUGUUUAGGGAUUUGAUUUUACAUUUUGUAUAAGUUUUGCUUUUAGCAGGUAGGUUCUGUCUUGUUGGAAAUCCCAAUAAUAUGAGUAGGCUGUCAAAAUGUUCAGUUAAAUAGUUAGUGGUUCAUAGUGUGUGUCAGCAGUGCUCAAACUGGGACCGAGGGGCAAAUUAAAGAAAUAGUUUUAGAAGCGCUGGCAACAUUUUUCAUAAUGUCACCAAAAAUCACAAACUUUCUGACAAACUUUCAGUGUCAGUCGUUUUUUUACCCAAUUGAGCAAUUCAUUUAUUUAAUUGUGCACUUGUGAAUGUUCUUAAAGCUGCUCUUAAUCAUUUCGGCAACUUUUGUACCAUAUGGGUGGUUUCCACCGGCAAAAACAAUAACGAGAAACAAUUCAGCCUCUUCUGAUUUGGUUUAACGUGAUUGUUCUCACGAAUCAGAAAGCACGUGGACAACACUUGAAGUAAAAACCGUGGACACCUUUGAUGAUCCGAUUGAGUUACUUUGUGGCAGUCGAACCUGGCGUCCCUUUAGAAGCUGUUUGCAUGCUCUUCAUCAGUAAUUCUACACCGGCUGUGGCUCCGAGCCUGUCAGCUUCAGACUCCCUCCAGAUAUGUGUGGUUUGUCUCCAAUGUUCAAUGUUGCCUCGUUCGUUUUUUUAGUCCUUUUUAAGAUUUCAAGUGUUGUGAUUUGUUAGAUCAGAUGUUAUCUACUAAGGAAAAUGCUGGUUUGUGUGCUUUACUCUCUCUUCCUGUUCGCCCCCCUCACUCUGCUCUCUGCGAUUUCUCCCUCUCACUAAACUACGUCAGCAUCCCUUCAUGAGACGAAGAACAGAGAGACACCAGACAAGUGUGUUGCAGAAAGUCCCCUUUCUUCCUUGUUUGUUUUUCCCGUCGCGGCUGAAAGACGGAAAAGCUUCUAUGUGCGAUGAGUUCAAUGUGAGCCAGAAGGCCAGAAGGUUUUUAAUCAAGAUUGGUUGAAUAGGUAGAAGAUGGGUAGCUUCCCGGCUAUUUGAAAACACUGGACACAUAUCUUAAGUGUCUGAAGUCAUAUAACAUCACACACACACACACACACACACACACACACACACACACACACUUCUACACACAGCACCUCUCUCGUGUUGGAGAGCACAAUUCUACAGAAGAGAGUUUUGUAAAAAGACUCGCCUGCAUGCUGCUUUAAUUUUACAUUGUACAUAGGUCUUAAUUUAUUUGACAUGAUGUGUAAAUUUGCGAUCAUUGUUGCCACGGUGACAGUGAUUGAUUUCAUACGUUGCCAUUAUUGCUCCGAGACAAGCAGUAUUUUUUAGGUGACGAGGGGCUCUUGCUUGUUGAUCGAUCACAACGCUGCGCUCCUUCCCAUGUGUAAAUCUGUUGAUGUGUUUGUAUAAAAAAAAGGAAGAAAAAAAGCUCCAGAGAACUGGAGAAAGUCAUCGGUUGUUUCGGUGCUCGCGGAAGAGCUGUGAGGGGCGGAUUGCCGCGUCCUGAAACUGUAACAGUGUUUGUACAUUUGUGGAUGUGCAUGACGAUGUUGUGGACGUUUCAUUUGACAGAAGCACUUUGACACGCCGAAGGAACGGAGGAAACCUCACAGUGACGAGGCGCCGUUUAACCGGUCCCUCAUCUACCCGAGAUCUCCGUCAAUUCAUAAACAGACCCUGGAUCUUCAUUUGAAGCAUUUUUUUGGGAUGCUCCGCUUUGAGAAAAACAAGUGUUUUAGUGGCAUUCAGUUUGUGUAACGCAGUGAUGGAAAGAAAAACAGGGUUAUUUUGUACAGUGCGUGUUGGAAUAGAUGAUCCUCAGCCCUUCCGUCCAUUUCUCCUCAUGGGUGACUUUGUUUCCACUGCUUGCUGAAACCCCCAUGAUGUUAAAGUGCUUAAAAUGUGUCGACCCCCCCCCCCUCUCAGUCUCUUGAUGUUGUCCGUACCCAUUCUGUAAACUAGCUGGACGUAACAGUACCUGUAGUUUGGUAGGUGGAUGUUCUACUUUGAUAAGAUACAAAAAAAAAUAUAUAAUAAACUAAAUAGAUUGUGACUAAAUGUGAUUUUAAGAGGCAUAAAGAAGGAGAAAUGUCUGACCCAUCCUCCCCUGAAUCCCUUUUACAGAGUAGUUUGUAUAUGUUGAUUGUAUAACACCGUUCUAUGAUGGUUUUCCUGAUGGUAUUUGUAUUUCUGUAUACACUUUGUUCAUCCUGUCAUAUCUGGGUUUUAUAAACCACGAUUAUUUUUAAAACUC